UAAUUUUUUUAAAAAAGGGGACGGGGUGGUGCUGCGGCCCGUCAGGAGCUGAGGAAGAGGAGCAGAUUCAGCGCCUCGCGGUCGACGGGGGUCUCUCCGCUCGCUUGUCCCCCAUUCCCAACCCGGCCAUGGCGGACGAGGAGCUGGAGGCGCUGCGCAAGCAGAGGAUGGCCGAGCUGCAGGCCAAACACGGGGAUCCUUCUAGUGACAUUGCACAGCAAGAAGCAAAACAGAGGGAAUUAGAAAUGAGAAACAACAUUUUGGCUCAAGUUUUGGAUCAGGCAGCUCGUGCCAGAUUAAGUAAUUUAGCGCUUGUAAAACCAGAGAAGGCAAAAGCGGUGGAGAAUUACCUUAUACAGAUGGGCAGAUUUGGACAGUUAGGUGGGAAGGUAUCUGAACAAGGGUUGAUAGAAAUACUUGAAAAAGUGAGUCAGCAAACUGACAAGAAAACAACAGUAAAGUUCAACAGAAGAAAAGUAUUGGAUUCUGAUGAGGAAGAUUAACUAGUGAAAUACAAAGAUGGCCGCCAACUGCAAAUCACCUGGAAUAUGUCAAGGAAAGUAUGCUGUACCUGACAGAAGCAUAGAUGGAAAAGUUUACACUUUUUUUCUGUACGCAUUUUUUUAUAUAAAGGGAAAACAAAUGAUGUUGUGUUCUGUGUAAUAAAAUUAAGUGAAAUGGUUUUCCUAGAUCAUUUUGAUAAGAAGGGCCUGAGGCGUAGUCAUUCGCUCACUGUCACUGGGGCUGCAGCUUUCCUUUGACGCUCUUCUGCCUUUGGCACCUGUAAGUAGCAUGUUUGCCCUGCUUCUGUCACAAUAAGAUGUGUCUUAACCCAGUGAGGAAAGAGAGAGGCUGUGUUGCAAGUAGCCAUAGGCUUUCACAAACUUAGUAAAGUUGUGUGUGCAGGCUAUAUAUGUCUCCAGACAAGAUUUUCACUGAAUACGUAAGGGGGGGGGAGGGAGUCGGGUGCUCCUGCAAAUGCGUAACAUUCCUAAUCUUUUAACCAUGGUUGAAGGAUUAGGAGCAGCCAUGGAAUCUCCCCUCUGAAGUGCAGAUUCUCCCUCCCCUUUCUUCUGAUAACCAUGGUUAAUGCUAACCAGGAUUUGCUCGAAGUCAGGAUUUUGAAAACUGGCUUCAAAACCCCAAUUGACAGCAAAUCCUGUUGGUGUUAGGUAUGGGUUUAAUGCAUCAGCCUUGCAACUGGUGGGUUAGGGCCCACUGCCAGGUCGAGGCCUGAUCUAAGGUGGGCUCCCACAGCAACACUACUACUGUACAAGCAUGUUGAAAAAACAAGAAAAGGGUCCCCAUAUGCAUGUUUGGAUUAAAGGUGCAUCCCAAGUCUGAAAAGACUACUGGCUUAAAGGAUCAGGAGCAUUAUGUGAGAGUUACAUGUCAUGUCAACUUGGGUAUUAGAACACUUUUGCAGUUUUGCUGAACUAAAAGCAAGGGGGUAGUUGUGCAAAAUAUGGUUCCAUGAUACUGUGUCUUGCUGGAUGAUCUGUUGCAGUAAAAAAUAGAUAAAUCUUAGCUAGCACGUUAUGAAGUGUGAAAUAGCAGGUCCAUUUGGGAAAUAAUUUCACUUAGAUGGUUUCCCUCCCAUACAUUAGCUAGUAGAAUAAUUAGUUGAGAGUGUAUCAGCCACUGGGCAUGAUACAAUCAAAGUUAGGAUCUUUAAAGUCCUGUUAAUUUCAAUAGGAGACGUGAACAUAGUCAUUGGAAGGCUUUACCAUGGGUGCUGGACUGUUUUCUUUUAAACAUCAAUGCACUUGUCCACUACGUAGACAAGACACAUUUGUUUUUACUCAAGCUGCCUCCAUUUCUCAAGUAGUUACUGAAGCAGCCGCCCAAAUCCCGUGACCAUCUUACAUGCAUGAUGCCAUUGUAACUUCAUGUUUUGCCUUUUUGUGGGAGAAUGCAAAAUGAAAUGUUUUCUAUGUAAACUGUACCAACAUCCCAUGUAAGCCAGAAUGUAAAAGGAAGGGGGGGUUGCCCCUGUUUUUCACUGUGGAUAUGAAACAUAUAUAAUAGAGCUUUGAAACGGAUAUUAAAACCUUUGCAUAAAGAAACACAAGUUGAAGAGAGCAAUUUUGUCCAUGCCAGUUGCAUUAAAAAAUGUACAGUUAGUGCACUUUGAUUAAAAUCCUGUUUGCACCUAUAUAGGCUUGUGUUUACACCUGUGGAAUGUGCAGGUUGUGGCCAAAUGCAUCUUUCUUCAGGAUAAACAUAGUUAAGACUCCAUUCCAUGUGCUUCCUGGCACUGAAAAGUUCUGGUACCUAUUUGUGAAAAGAUCAAUGCAUAUUGCUACCCCACCUCUGCAUGUUGAGUAAUGAAAAAGACAUUCAUAACUGAAUAUGAUAUCUUUUCAUGAUGGCCUCCUAUCCCCUGCAUAGCAAUUUUAGAGCCUCCCAAUACACAGUUAUAGUGGUGCAGCUGCACUGCAUAUGUACACAGGAAAUUAAUACCUUGACUACUUGGCUAAUUUAGUAUGUUGUAGAAGCCAAUGAAGUGUCAUAAAAGGAAAGAAACAUUCUGGCAUUCUACAUCAUGGGGUUCCCGCACCCAAGGGUGCUUCUUACGUUACUUUCAUUUACAAUGGAACCUGAGAACAACCAAAAAUGUGUUGCUUUUCCUCCUGCUUCCAGACACCACAGAAACACACCUUGAUACAAUUAGAUCUGUGUUGGCUGAAUAUGGAACAUGAGCAACAGGCUAAAGUUUAAGAAAAUACUUUGAUUUUUUUACGACAGAAGCCCCCAGCAAGCUGCAUAUCAUGACUUGCUGUCAAUUAAGAGUCCCACAUUAAGAGCAUAGAUUUGGUCAUUUUACUAUUUCUCUCUUCCAUCAUUUGGCACAAGUCAAAGGCACAUAAGAAAACUAGGUGAACUCAAUUACUUAGUAAAAAAAUAUACAUAUUCUCCUCCACCAGGAGCUUAUUAGAGCUCUAUCUUUUUAUACUUCGCACUAGAAUUCUAAACAGAAAUCUCAAACCAUUUGACCAUCCCAAAAUAGAUUAAAUACAUUAAAGGAUAAAAAAAACCCAAGGUAUUGUAUACAAAGAUUACAUAAACAAAAUUUGAACUAACCAAGUUAUUGUGCUGUUCAAGUGAUAAGUCAAUUCCUCUUUAAAAAAAUUGAAUAUUUACUAAAAGUGCACCAUCUACCAAUCUGGAAAUGUCUUUUAAAGUAAGGACAACGAUGCGGCUUCUCACAAGUCCCAGCUGAUACAGAGGUAAUCUCUAACCAGACCCAUUGCAUUUAGGGAACCUGUUACUCUAUCAUGAUUUUUUGUUGUUUUGAAUUAAAUGGUCAGGCUAUAGUCUGUACGUGUAUUUGAGAAUAUUUGAGAAUGUGUGGGCUAGUACAUAAAAUAAAAUUAUUCAAAAUAUAA